UGGUGUUAUGCAACAUUUUGCUCUCUCCUUCAAUUCUGUUAUGCGGGGUAUGGAGAGAAGGGGGCUGGGUCACCUGAUUUGACUUGCACCUCUCGUGGAGCCUUUAACAGUUUGGUCGCAGGCGUAGCCGGGGUGCGCAGCAGCCGUGCCUUGUACCCGAAGGCCCAUUCUCAAGGCUUUUCCGGACUCCCCCGCCGAGCGUCCCAUCCGCCAAGAAGGCUGAGCGAACGCAGCCUUGGCUUUUGCGGAAGCCCGAGUCGACGACCUGCGCCAAGUGCAUCAAGUUCACACCAUGGCUCCCUUGACGGAAACGAUCAUGGAGAGGCAUCCGAGCGCUACAACUGAAACAACAUCCGUGAUGGCCAAAACGAACCAAGUGGCGACCCCGAAGAAGUACAAAAUCGAGAUGGUCUGGUGGAACGUGUUUAAAAUCUCGCUCAUCCACAUCAUUGGUAUUUACGGAAUAUACGAGAUGUAUUACAGCAAGUGGCAGACCCAUGUAUUUGGUAACAUCAUCCUCAUCUUCUCCGGCAUCAGUGUCACGGCCGGAGCACACAGGCUUUGGUGCCACCGAGCGUACAAGGCGAAGAUGCCGCUCAGAAUUUUCCUCAUGCUGUUCAACUGCGUGGCGGCUCAGAACGACCUGUACGAGUGGGUGCGCGACCACCGCGUCCAUCACAAAUACUCAGAGACCGAUGCCGACCCGCACAACGUGAACCGCGGCUUCUUCUUCGCACACGUCGGCUGGCUCUUGUGCCGGAAACACCCAGAGGUGACCGAGAAGGGCAAGCACAUCGACUGCAGCGACAUCCUGCAGGACCCAGUGGCAAGAUUCCAGAAGCAGUACUACAUGAGGCUGGUGCUUCUCUUCUCCUUCAUACUGCCCACCGUCAUCCCUGGUUUGCUGUGGGGCGAGUCGUACUGGAACGCCUUCUGCACGGCCACCAUGCUGCGCCUCAUACUGUCGCUUAACUUCACCUGGUCGGUGAACAGCUUCGCCCACCUGUGGGGCAACAAGCCUUUCGACAAGAGCAUCUCUCCAACCGAGGCUCCCUGGGUGUCGUUCGUCGCCGUCGGAGAGGGCUUCCACAAUUUCCACCACACCUUUCCCUGGGACUACUCGACCAGCGAGCUGGGAUGGAAGCUAAACAUGAGCACCAUGUUCAUCGACAUCAUGGCCAAGCUCGGGCAGGCGUACGACCUCAAGGUCGUCUCCAGGGAAGCCGUUCUAGCCCGGAAACUGAAGACCGGAGACGGGACACGGCUGCCCAGGAGGUUCCGUAAGAUGGCCGCGCAGGAAAGGGAAAGCGCCGCCGCAGCGGCAACAGCGGCCAUAACGGGAACAAGCCAGGGCUGAGAGUAACUAUGUUUGAACGAAGAGAACCUUUCAAAAGGUACUGGUAGAAGGGCGGCGGCCCACGAUCGCCAGAGCCAAUGGCGCGUAUAAUAUGUCUGCGCCAGUGAGCUGACGACGCAGCGAUGACGUAGGGCAACCGCAACAUUCGAACGUGUGUGCCGUGUAUAUACAUAAGGAGGUUAUUGCGGGUUGCCCUGAUGCUUCUUUGAAGGGCUCGUCUUACAGCAUGUACCAUCUGAAAGCUUUGAAUCCUUGUUGACAAAGACGCGCGGCGCACGUUGACGGUCUUUCGGCGCAGCAAAGAUGUCCCGUCACAACAUGCGUUGGCGUAGUGCAAGAAAAACACAUUCGUUGAGCUGGCGGGCAAACACAAUAACUGAUCGGCAGUUUAUUGAGCAAAACGUUUCGCUUCUGUAAAGAAACAUGCUUGUGCACAUCGCUAACGUGUAUCAGCAGGAAAUACUGCGACAAGCGCUGGCACAAGAACUCAACAAGUCAGUACAUACUCGUAAGAACUCAAGUUCUAACAAGCUCACGUAGAUGAACACAGUCAUCCCGUGCUUCGCUUCUGUGGUUCGAUUGAUACAGUUUUCAAGUGCAGAAGCAACAAGUUGUGCACAUGUACUAUGAUGGACUCAAUAGUGCUUAUCCGCAUGCUAUCAUUCCAUUACAAUUUACCACUAAGUGUGCAAGUUGUAGUCGUGAUAUUUCUCUUGCUCAUUAAACCUUUGUAUAUAGUCAUGUGUUGUUGCAAGAAAUAAAAAGAAAUGUUGU